CUGGUUGAAUGGGGGUCUUACAGCCAUUGUGCAGAGAAUGUAAACACUACUUCACCGUCAUUUAAUAUGUCGACUAUUUUAAAAGCGUACCUGGUUACAACGCGGUGACCCGUACGUACACGACACCGGAACAUGGAAAUCAUAUCAUCCCAUAAGGUUGACAGACUUAUAUUUAACAAUUGGAAUACUCCAUCGAACACCAGAGGGAUUUCAAGGUAUGACUAAUCAUUACUGAGUAGGAGAGGGAUGUCUUGACAGAAAUUAACGUAGAGCUGUUGUGUACAUUCCUACCCUACGAAGUCGAGUAAAUAUCUUUACAACAUGAUAAUCUAAAGGAGAGUGGAUUAACGUUGCAACAUUACCUGUUAUAAAUGUUUGUGCAGGAGUCGUAGAAACAUAAAAAAAAAUCACAGGUAAAAUGUGUGCAAUUAUAUAACUAGGGACCAGUACGUUAUAGAGAAAAGUGCAUAGAACUUCACCGCACAACAAUGGCCUGGAGGUCACAAAGUCUGACGUUAAACAAUUCCCCGUCCGUUACCGAGAUGAGACGAGUUGGGUCCAGCUUGAGUAUGAAGCGCAACUCUGGAGGGUUUGGAUCUAGUAUGCGGUUAUCGUCUUCGACUGACGGACAUAUCAACGAAAUCAGAGCACAAGAAGCCUGGUUAUUCAUGCAGAAAGGUUCAAAACUGGCCAAGAUUAGGAAUGGCCAGGUCCACCUCGAUAAGACGUUCUGUCUGAGUGAUGACAGAAUGGCAUUAAAGUGGAAGCCAAGUAAACAUGGCGGUGAAGUGCCCACUGCCAGUUUUAAGGAACUUGUCAUUGGAAACACAGCUGAUGCAUUUAAACAUAAGAAAGUAAAUCAUCUUUGUCAGAACGCCAAUCAGUGUUUCACCAUCAAGUUCAACAGUGACAGUAAACCUCUUUACCUGGUAGCUGACUGUGAGGAAACGGCAGCUCUGUGGAUCACUGGCAUAACAGCACUCAUUAGAUUUCAGAAAACAGAGGAACCUGCCCCAGAAGCCGAUUCAAAACCUGUUGAUACCGACAAGGAAAGGGAGGGAUGGUUGGAGGAAUGUUUCAAUGGUGAAGCCGACAUAAAUACGGGACUGUUGGACCGCAAAGGAGCUGCUGCUCUUCUGAAAAAACUCAACGAAAACUUUCACAAUCAACAUGUCAAUCAAAAGUUGAAAGAACUUGCAUCAGCAAAAGGAAAUGAAAACGUGACAUGUGAGGAGUUUAAAUCUCUGUACAAGAAACUGUUUACCCGGCCAGAAAUCUACCUCCUCAUGAUUCAGUACGCUAGUAAUGGUACAUACCUCACCACAGACGAUCUUCUGCUCUUUAUGGAAUCAGUACAAGGGAUGUCCAGGGUGACCAAAGAUAUUUGUCUGUACAUAAUCAAGAGUUUUGAGCCGUCACCAGAGCAUGUCAAACAGGGCCAGAUGGGAAUAGAUGGAUUUACAGAGUUUCUGUGUUCCAAUGAAUGGUGUGACAUAUUUAACCCUGAUGAAAAAACAGUGUGUGAGGAUUUAAUGAAUCAUCCGAUCAACAACUACUACAUAGCCAGUUCUCACAAUACAUACCUGUCCGGUGACCAAGUGAAGAGUCCGGCCAGUGUUGACCAAUACAAACAGGUGUUGUUGGCCGGCUGUCGUUGUGUGGAAUUGGACUGCUAUGAUGGAUAUGAUGAUGGCCCUAUCAUCAAGCAUGGCUCAUUAAGUCUGACAUCAGCCAUUUUGUUUCAAGAUGUCAUCAAAUGUGUCAAAGAAUGGGCAUUUCACACAUCAGAAUACCCAGUUGUGCUGUCUUUAGAGAAUCACUGUAGUCCCAAGUUCCAGAAACAAAUGGCCGAGUUCUUACUUCAAAUUCUGGGUGAUAAUCUCUAUCAUGAGGAGGCAGACACACAACGAACAGUAUUGCCCUCACCUAAUGAGCUCAAAAGGAAAGUUCUUAUCAAGAAUAAAAAGCUGCCCAAGACUGCCAACAAGGAUGUUGAUGUGGUAUCAGAUGAGGAGGAGGAAGAAACAGAAGGAGAAGAAAAGAAGAAGAAAAAGGAUGACAGCAGUCAUACGCUCAAGUUAGCGAAGGAGUUAUCUGAUCUUGUUGUCUACUUCGCAUCCAGAGGCUUUAAAGACUUUGAAGUCUCCAUACAGCAGCAAAAGUACUACGAAAUGUGUUCCUUCGGAGAGAGCAAAGCCACCAUGUUGUGUCGUGAACGUCCUGAGGAGUUCAUCAACUAUAACAAAAGAUUCAUCUCCAGAAUUUACCCAAAAGCAAACAGAAUCAACUCAUCUAAUUUUUUACCUUGCGAGUUUUGGAACUGUGGAUGUCAGAUGGUGGCCCUGAACUACCAGACCCCUGGACUUCCUACAGAGUUAAACACAGCUUUUUUCAUGAAGAACGGUCAGUGUGGGUACGUUCUCCAGCCACAGGUCAUCCGCGACAUCUACUCGUACUUCACCCCAAAACCUAGCCAAUCCAACACCAUCUCUCAUAUAGAGGAUGAACUGACCAGUCAACAAAUGGACCUUCACAUCAAGGUCGUGAGUGGACAGAAUUUCUCCAACUGUAAAGUGAGGAUGGAAGGUACCAAGAUCUAUGUCUCCGUUAGAAUUAUUGGGAUCCCAGCUGAUGAGGCCAUGUACCAGACUAAGCCCACCCAGGGUGAAGUUUCGUCAUUCGCAACAAUGUUUGAGGAGGAAACAUUUGAACUCCAGAUAAAGAUGCCGGAGCUGGCACUAGUACGAUUUGAAGCACGAGCCAAGACCCUUAUAGGAGAGGACAGACUGCUGGGGCAAUACACAAUACCAUUUACCUGUAUCAGGACAGGAUACCGUCAUGUGAGUUUGCUGGGGGAGAACAGCCAGCCUAUAGAAAAGUGCUCAUUGUUUGUCCAUGUAGCUCUAACGAACAAAAACAAUAACCAGAUCUCUGCUAAUCAUCGUAAGUUUGUACCUGGGAAUAGAGCCCUCAGGAAUUACCCUAGUAUGAAAUCCAUAGGAGUGAAGACAGUAGACGAAACAUUCAAAAUAUCAAUUCAGCCUCUGAGGGAUGCUAUGGAUAUGAGGGAAAAUGUCCAGGAUGACCUCUGCGCCUUCAAGGACAAGUGUAGUUUGUCUCCAACAGCUAGCAUCAAGCAGUGUAUCCGUUUCCUAGCAACCAGGGUGUCUAACUCCAGCCAGCAUGCUUCCAUCUACUUUAUUUGCACCAAGGAGCAUGAGCAACUCUACCCUAUCAUAGAAGCUGUUGGUGAUCUUCCAAAUAAAUUAAAAAGUGCUAUGAAUUUUUACAACAUGGAGUUUUUAGAAAGUUGCAAAUUAUUGGUGCAGAAUAGUGGGAAAGUGUAUGAAAGGCUGUUGCAUUGCUGUAGAGCAGGUCUCGAAUGGCAUGAAGAGUUGACAGAUGUCUGCCAGAAGGCUGGUCUGCGAGAAAAGAAAGUAAAAAAGGCAAUAGACAACUUCUCGUGGAAUGUGAGGGUACUGAAAGGCCAGGCACAGCUUUUGUUUCAGGCGUCACAGGAGUGCGAGGAAUACCUACGACAGGUUCAGGAGACGGCGACAGUGUCUGGUUUGAUGAAGGAAUCUCCUAUAAUUGAAGACAUGGACAGUUCCUAGCACUGGAUCAUUUUAAAGAUUUUAAUUGAAAAUAUAAUGGUGCAAUAAAGAUACUAUAAUAACCAUACAUAUAGUGACAGGACUAGAUGUCGAGCCCGUCUCCCUCCAACACAGGAACAGCUGUCUGACUCAUGAUCCUUCGAGACAGGAACAGUUGUCCGACUUGUCACCCUCCGAGACAGGAACAGCUGUCUGACUCGUCUCCCUCAGAGACAGGAACAGCUGUCUGACUCGUCUCCCUCAGAGACAGGAACAGCUGUCUGACUUGUCUCCCUCAGAGACAGGAACAGCUGUCUGACUCGUCUCCCUCAGAUACAGGAACAGUUGUCUGACUCGUCUCCCUCAGAGACAGGAACAGUUGUCCGACUUGUCACCCUCCGAGACAGGAACAGCUGUCUGACUCGUCUCCCUCAGAGACAGGAACAGCUGUCUGACUCAUCUCCCUCAGAGACAGGAACAGCUGUCUGACUCGUCACCCUCCAAGACAGGAACAGCUGUCCGACUCGUCUCCCUCAGAGACAGGAACAGUUGUCCGACUUGUCACCCUCUGAGACAGGAACAGCUGUCUGACUCGUCUCCCUCAGAGACAGAAACAGCUGUCUGACUCGUCACCCUCCAAGACAGGAACAGCUGUCUGACUCAUCUCCCUCAGAGACAGGAACAGUUGUCCGACUUGUCACCCUCCGAGACAGGAACAGCUAUCUGACUCGUCUCCCUCAGAGACAGGAACAGUUGUCCGACUCAUCUCCCUCAGAUACAGGAACAGCUGUCUGACUCGUCACCCUCAGAGACAGGAACAGUUGUCCGACUUGUCACCCUCCGAGACAGGAACAGCUGUCUGACUCGUCUCCCUCAGAGACAGGAACAGUUGUCCGACUCAUCACCCUCCGAGACAGGAACAGUUGUCUGACUCGUCACCCUCAGAGACAGGAACAGUUGUCCGACUUGUCACCCUCAGAGACAGGAACAGUUGUCCGACUCGUCUCCCUCAGAGACAGGAACAGUUGUCCGACUUGUCACCCUCAGAGACAGGAACAGUUGUCCGACUUGUCACCCUCCGAGACAGGAACAGCUGUCUGACUCGUCACCCUCCGAGACAGGAACAGCUGUCUGACUCAUCGCCCUCUGAAACAGGAACAGCUGUCUUACUCGUCACCCUCCGAGACAGGAACAGCUGUCUGACUCGUCACCCUCCGAGACAGGAACAGCUGUCUACUCAUCUCCCUCCGAGACUGGAACAGCUGUCUGACCCUUCACCCUCCGAGACAGGAACAGUUGUCGGACUCAUCACCCUCCGAGACAGGAACAGCUGUCUGACUUGUCACCCUCCGAGACAGGAACAGCUGUCUGACUUGUCACCCUCCGAGACAGGAACAGCUGUCUACUCAUCUCCCUCCGAGACUGGAACAGCUGUCUGACCCAUCACCCUCCGAGACAGGCACAGUUGUCCGACUUGUCACCCUCCGAGACAGGAACAGCUGUCUGACUCGUCUCCCUCCGAGACAGGAACAGCUGUCUGACUCUUCCUCUGAGACAGGAAUAAUAGACUUGUCAUUCUAACAGGAAUAGAUUUUCUAAUUAUCAUCUCUAAUCUGAUAUGGAGGAUACUGGUCGUCACUUUUAAAAUUUUUAAUUAACGUUUGUAAGUUUUAAUUUGUUAAUUUUUCUGCUUAAACCUGAAGUGUUGUUACAAAUACUUCAUCAUAGCAGUUUUCCUCCAAACUCUUUCAGUCUAAUCCGUCUAACAUCAACUGGGGUGUUUCUAUAUCUUAUAACUUCUUGCCAAGCAACAUGUAACUUAAGGAAGAGGGAACCAAAUCAGUUCACUUAGAUGAAAAAUUAAAUUAAGUGCCUUCAUUUUGGAAAUAAUGUUCAGGUUGUAAAAAGAUACUGUAAUGACAUGCAUUUCUGAGAAUUGUUGCAGCAUCAAUGUUUGCAACAAAAAUCCUAUUCUGUAUAACCUAAAAUAUUGAUACUUCACAUAAUACUGGUCAUAUGCCAAAACCUUAAUUUUACCUCAAAUGAGAUAUCUAUUGCAAUACUCAUUGAAGCUGUGAUUUUAUUAAGCUGAUAUUAUCAAAUAAUUGGUCAAUUAAAAUUGAUUAUGCAAUACUUCA